GGGUGACACUUCGGUUCCGCCGGGUCUGGCACCUCGAGCUCGGAGCCAGCGCCGAGCUGGAACUUUCCUGGAACCAUGCUUGGAACUUUGAUCAAAAAGUAGCAAGUUUUUUUAAUCAGUUUAGCGUGCAACUGUCACUGUCAAUCAACAAAAUAAAAACAAAAGCCACGUUUUUUUCUUGCGAUAUUUUACACGGUUUUCUUCGGUUGUUACGGUAUUUUUUUCAUUUCUGUACAAAAAAGGACAUUUACAAUACUUGAUUUUUCAACCUGCAGAAAUAAAAGUUGUUUGACUCUGCUCCACCGCCAUAUCGAUCGUCUUCGGAGCUGCCAACAACAGUGGCGGUGGCUUCAAGUAGUCGAACCCUGUCGAACCGUCUGAAUGCCAUCGCUCCGGCUACGCCAAGAAUUGCCGCUCGCAAGGAGAACGUCCUGCGUCUGUGGAAUUAUCGGCUAGAACUUCUACGAGCCCGACGAAUGCAGCAAAACUUCCAGGGGAACUUGAUGAAGGAGAUCAAGCAGCGUCUGCUGACCGACGAUUACGGCAAGCAUGUGAUUGGUGUCGCAAACCUGCUUCGGAGACACGAGCAGCAACUGACGAGCUGGUUCCCCAGGGGCACUUCGGUGCCGAUCGUAUCGACUAGCGAUUCAAGGAGAUCCUGCUUAUGUGGAACAACUUGCAUGACUUCAACGUUUCCCGUCGCAAGCGACUUCUUUCAACUGUUUGCCGAUGCUGAUGAUAUCGAUAACUGGAUGCUGGACGCAAUGCGUCUCGUGUCUUCCGAGGACGUUGGCCGUGACGGAGCGAACGUGCAGAGCCUGCUGAAGGAUGUUGCCGAUAAGCUGUAGAACUACGCCGAAACGAUCGAACGCACACGCUACACACACAACCGGAACAGCAAAAGGUCCAGGAACGUCUUGCCGCCAUCGAUGCCCGCUACAAGGAGCUCGUGGAACUGAUUAAACUGCGCAAGCAGCGCCUGCUCGAUGCGCUUAGCUUGUACAAGCUCAUUUCCGAGAGCGACGGCGUCGAGCAGGCGUCGGCGUACAGACCUGUCGCCAUCUAGGCCAAGCUGACCACCCUGGAAAGCGAGCCCGAUGCCAUCGAGGGUAAUCUGUGCUACGUGUGGAGCAGCAAAUAUUGCGAUAAGUAAUGACCACUAGAUAACGGCUUCGAACUUGAUUGAGUAAAGGACCAAAACGAUAGCGGGAAUUCGGAGGAGAUUUGGAUCUGAUAGGGGAUAGUGAUGGUCACGGAUUAUUUCAGCGAACCAGGGCACACUCAAUUCCGUAUUUGACGGAGGUUCCUGCUGAACCAGAACGGGAUCUCCUGCGACCGGGUCGAUAUUCUUGUCGAAACCGAAAGUCAUCAAACGGCCUCAAGACGCAUUUUAAAGCUCCGCUUCUACAGCCGGCGGCUGCAUUCUGUCACUUGAUUUCUGCUUGAUCAAAUCCGUUAAAGGUUUUCAGUUGUUUGGUUCCAGGUUAUGAUGGUGUGGGUUUUGACCCCUGAGUCACAACGAACUUCGAUUCUGUUGUGCGCCAAAUUCAGUAGGCCUACGAGCUGUAAAAAAGCUGAUUAAUCAAGAGUCCGAAUAAAGCGGGUUGGGGUUAUUGGGGAUUGUUUUAUUGAAUAUUUAAUUUAAUAAGAUGACAAAUGGAACUAAUGGUUCUUCAUUUCCGGAAUCCUUCAUAGUGCAGCAUUUCCGUU